AUGAAGAACAAAGCAGUGGUUGAAGACGAGGAUGGUCAUCUCGAAAUCCUCAAGGCGGUGGCGCAGGCCUGGCAGAGUCACACCGGUACUUCAAAGCCUGCAAGUGAAUUCGACGCCCAUCGCCGCAAUUGCAGAGCCAAUCCAUCUCGGUUCAAGCUUGAAGCGAUACGAAGCCGGUCUUCCGUCGCCGGCAUGAGGAGAUGGGACUUCGGACAGUCGCUGUGGGAUUCGUACGAGAUUGUGGCGGUUUCGAAGAAGCUGGAGGCGGGGUUGGUGCUCGACGGCGACGGGUUUCGAGAGGCUGAUGGCGGUGGGCGGAAUCAGAGGAAACAGCGAGAGAGUUGUAAUAGUUUGAGAAAUUUGUUCAAUAGAACUUCGAGGAGAUUCAAUUAG